AUGAAAAGAUGAUUUGCGAUGAUAACGACAGAUACUUGCAAACAGACUAUGGCUAGAUUGGAUCAUUGCCGACUUUCCUUCUAAUUUAUUCACUUCGAAAUGUUUUUUUUCUUCUUCUUUUUUGGUCUUUGUAGUCUGACUUUUAGAACGAAAAUUACAUCAUCGCACAAAUUAAUUAGAGAUUUCAGUAUCUCACUAAUUGCUUUACGGGUAUUUCCGAGCAUGAACAAUACUUGUGUUGAAGAGUAUUGCAUCCACCAAAGAAGUGAUUCAGGCCAACUCACCAGUCUCUUCGAAAGGAUCGAUCGCUGCUAUUGUAGUUUCUUAUUUAUCCAAUGGGGGGGCAGCAAUUGACAACCUCUGCACCUUUAUGUUUAAUAUUCUUGUCUCUGCACUUUCAAGAUUAGUGGUUAAUCAUGGACUCUCUGAUCACUGUCAAGG